AUGACAAACAACAAUCAGUUUACUCUGAUUAACAACAACUCUAGUACGACUUCUGUUGUAAGAGAGGUGUUUGUUACUGGCAGUGAUAUUGCCGCAGAUAAAGCUAAGUUGUUUAUUGACAACAACAACAUUGAAGUUCUUAGCACAUUUGAAGAUGCAGCAGGAACAAUGGUGAUUGCUCCUAGUCAAAACAUGACUAUGAAGUUAAAUACUGAUGUUACACCGGGAACUAAACAAACAAUUACAACUGACUUUCACGACUUUAAUCCAAGAAGCUCUGGAAAUUCAGCCGACCAUUACGACAACAUUACACAGGUUAUUUCAUUUUCAGGAACAGACUCUAACUUUAGUCUUUCAUCUGCAACAGGAACAGCAGGCAUAACUAAAGCAGACGAACAGUUUUUAAAUGGAAACCAUACUACUGCUAUUAACCAAGGGUUUUCAGGAAGUCAGAGAUUUGCUGGAACAAAACUUUCUGAUGGAAAUACAAUUGUUUUUAGGACAGACGGAAAUUCUACGUAUGCGGCAUAUUAUAAUAAUAGUCAAAUAGUUAGCAGAAGCUAUGGUGCUCCCGCCUUAGAUUAUGUAAAUAACAGGCUAUUUUGGUUUGAUGGAAACACAAUUAGGAUGUUUGAUCCUAGUAUUCAUACAAGUAGCUACUACGCUGUAGCUCAACAAGCCUAUGCAACGCAAAGUACAUAUAAUUCCGGCGCUGUUAGCUACGACCACAACGGAGAUUUAUAUUAUUUUUAUAAAUAUGGGUCUACUUGCUAUGUAAGAAAUCUUACAGAUAAUGGCGAUCUUUCUGGCGGUCAAUCUCAGUCAGGAUGGAAUACUAAUGUAUUUAAGCAAGUAUCGCUUACUAGCAAUGUAAAUGUAGGCAAUCCUAAAGUGGUGCCGCGUAUAACGACUCUGAGCAAAAGUUUUAUCUUUUGUGGGUGGAGCUACUUGGAAUAG